AUGCCUUAUUUUGGUUUGUUGGGGGGACAAGUGAGAGUAUAUAGAGAGAGGUUGAUGUUCCUCUUCAUCGUGUUUACUUACAGCACUCCUAUUUUCUUUCCAGAGAGGAGGAUAUCGAUUGAUAAUGCCGCGGCUACUCUUCCUCAAGGAAUGAAGCUCCACUGGCCAAGCAAAAGAAGCUACACCACCACCAUCAAUGCGGUCCAGGAAACUCUAGCGGCUCUCGACAAUGGAUCCAUCUCCGGCAGCCCAGCGCUCUACUCGGACCUCCUCCGCGGCUGCGGGACACUGGCGGACGCCCGCCGGAUCCGCCAGUACGCCACCCGCGACAAUCUCCUCGACCACCAUCCAUCGCUGGCAAGGCACAUCGUCCAGACCUUCGUCCGCCUGGGCAGCAUGGCCGACGCUCAAGAUUCCUUCGCCGCCACCACGAAGAAAACCGGGGUGGUGAUCUGGACAGCCAUGAUCACGGGCUACGCCAAGCAUGGAGACUUCUCGCGGGCGAUCCAGUUCUUCGCAGAGAUGGAGAGAAACCACGUCCUCCCGGACAAGAUCACGUACGUGGCGGUGCUGGGCGCGAUCCAGGAUCUGGAACAGGGAAGGAGAAUUCACGUCAGGAUCCAAGAGACGGGCUAUGAUACCGACCUGGUGGUGGCGAACGCGCUGAUGAAGAUGUACGCGGCGUGCUCCAGCCUCGCCGACGCUACUCGGGUUUUCGAAGCCAUGGAUCACAGGGACGUGGUGUCGUGGACCUCGAUCAUCGCAGCAAAUGCCAGGGCCGGGGACUUUCCAGCCGCGAUGGGUCUCUUCCGGAGGAUGCAGCUCCAGGGGACGCGGCCGAACCGGAUCACUCUCCUCGAGCUGCUGGCCUGGUGCGAUGAUCCGGACGAGGGAGCGGCGAUCCACGAGCGUGCUUUUGCCAGUGGGCUUCGAUCCGACGUCCCGGUUUGCAACGCGAUCCUCAACAUGUAUGCCAAGGCCGGGCGAUUCGAGACCGCCAGCGAGCUCUUCGAGAGGAUGCCCGUGAGGAACGCGGUCUCGUGGACAGCCAUGAUGGCGGCGAUGGUGAGGGCCGGGCGGCACGACGACGCGCUGCGGCUGUUCCGGGACAUGGAGGACGACGGUGUGGAGCCCGACUCGAUCGCGUUCAUCACCGUGAUCAAUGCUUGCUCCAGCGCCGCGACCGCGCGGUGGAUCCACGGGUGUAUCAUCCGGGGUGGCUGCGACUCCGACACUGCUGUGAGCAACGCGAUCAUCAGAGCCUACGCGAGGUGUGGGAGCUUGAAAGAAGCGUACCGGACGUUCGUGGAGAUAAAGGAGAGGCGGGAUCACGUCUCGUGGACGACAAUGAUCUCGGCGUUUGCGGAGUUUGGGCGGAUCAAGCGAUGCGUCCAGCUCUUCCGGGAGAUGCUGCUAGAGGGCGUGAGAGCGAACGAAGUUACCUUGAUCACGGUGGUGAAUGCUUGCGCGGGCGCGAGCGCGAUCAAGGAAGGGCGAUGGAUCCACGACUGCGUCAUUGGCUAUCAGCUGGAGAGAUCGAGCUCGAUGGUGGCCACGGCGCUGCUCGACAUGUAUGGGAAGUGUGGGAGCCUCGAGGUGGCGGCCAGGAUCUUUGGAGAGCUGGAGCAGCCGGACGUGGUUUCGUGGACGUCGAUCAUCGCCGCGACUGCCCAGAAUGGUGACGGAUCCAGCGCCGCCAGGCUCUUUUGUGCCAUGCAGCUCGAGGGAGUGAGGCCGGUGGACGUGACUUUCGUCAGCGUCGUCGCGGCUUGCAGCCAUGCCGGGCUGGUGGAUCUCGGGAAAGAGUUCGUGACGAGGUUGCGGAAGGAUCACCGGGAGGGGAUCGAGCUGACGCUGGAGCACUGUGGGUGCAUUGUGGAUCUGCUCGCUCGGGCGGGGCGGCUGGAGGAGGCCGAGUGUGUGAUCGAUUCCAUGCCGUUUAAGCCCACCCCGGCGGUGUGGAUGGCGUUCCUGGCGGGCUGCAAGGCGUACGAGGAUAUCAGUCGCGGGCAGAGAGCGGCAGCGCAGAUUCUCGGCCUGGAUGAGAAGACUACCGCGGCUGUCAUCGCUCUCUCGAGCACUUACGCUGCUUCUGACCGCCGGGGAGAUGGCGAGGCGCUGAGAGGAUUGAUGGCGGAUGGAUGCCUCAAGGAGGAGCACGGCAUUGGAAUCCAAGACGGAGGUGGAUAA